AUGACCAUAUAUUGUUCAGUAUUUUCGGCGCUCUUGGCCUUCCUCGUGCUAGCUAACACCACUUCUGCUGAUACAGAGGCUUGUUUACCAACAAAUGAGAGAAAAAAUGGGAUGAAUAUUAAUUUCUAUGAGUACACUUUGGGCGACAUCACCACAUACAGGGAGCCUGCAUAUAUGGGUUAUGAAUUUUCUGACACAGAGAAGUUAGGCUCUGUUAGCGGACAAACUGGACUAUCCAUAUAUUAUCGUUCGCCCUGUGACAAUACCCCUGUUUGCUGGGAUCUGUUGCGUCGUGAUGAAGAUCCUUGCAGUGAAUAUGAUGUUGUGCCUAUGAAACGUGACACUGACGAUUGUGACUCAAGUGCUGCUUAUUGGGGUUCUGAUCUUUUUGGGUUCUAUACUACUCCAACGAAUGUUACUGUGGAAAUGACAGGUUACUUUCUAGCGCCAGAGAAUGGCUCUUACACAUUUUAUUUCGAUACAGCUGAUGAUUCUGCAAUUUUGUCCAUUGGGGGUGACAAAGCUUUUCAAUGUUGCGAACAAGAACAAUCUCCCGCCACAUCUACGGAUUUCACAAUCAAUGCCAUUAGUGGUAAUACAGAUUCUAGUUUGGAAGGCUCGGUAUACAUGUAUGCUGGCUACUAUUAUCCAAUGAAAGUUGUUUUUUCGAACGCUGAUUUUUCAGCUUCACUUCCUAUCAGUAUGUCAUUGCCAAAUGGCACUAUGGUUUUUGAUGAUUUCGAUGGAUAUGUCUAUUCUUUCGAAAACAACCCAGCUCAGGCUGACUGUACUAUCACAGACCCUGCAAGACACACAGUUAAGCCUAUGGUAAGAACUAGAACUCAGUCAUGGACUGGGACAUACACCACCACACAAGUGCAAACUUCUAUUUACACUGGUCUGAACGGUUUAACUACAGAAGAGACAAUUUUUGAAAUCCAAACACCAACCGACACUACCUCAUCCAUGAGCACUCAAACUUACAGUUCAACAGGUAUCACAACAGCUGCUAAUAUAUCCAGUAUUGCUUCCAGAUCUUCUCAGGCAGUGGUUGCAAGCUCAACUACUAUACCAACUAGCAGUGAUUUGACUCAGAGCGAGACAGUAAGCUCUUCCGCAAGCUCUUCAACUUCAACUUCUACUUCUUCUGCAUUUUCCACUUCAAGUGUAAUUAUAACUUCUACAAUUUCUUCCGAUUCAACUUCUACUUCUUCUGCAUUAUCUACUAUUCCAACCAGUAGCAACACCACAUCUUCGAGUCAGAGCAACCUAGUGAGCUCUUCUGCAUCAUUUUCCACUUCAAGUGUAAUCAUAACUUCUACAAUUUCUUCCGAUUCAACUUCUACUUCUUCUGCAUUGUCUACUAUUCCAACCAGUAGCAACAUCACAUAUUCGAGUCAGAGCAACCUAGUGUGCUCUUCUGCAUCAUUUUCCGCUUCAAGUGUAAUCAUAACUUCUACAAUUUCUUCCGAUUCAACUUCUACUUCUUCUGCAUUGUCUACUAUUCCAACCAGUAGUGACACCACAUCUUCGAGCCAGAGCAACCUAGUGAGCUCUUCUGCAUCAUUUUCCACUUCAAGUGUAAUUAUAACUUCUACAAUUUCUUCCGAUUCAACUUCUACUUCUUCUGCAUUAUCUACUAUUCCAACCAGUAGCAACACCACAUAUUCGAGUCAGAGCGACCUAGUGAGCUCUUCCACUACUUCUUCCAUUUUAAUCACCAGCUCUUCCACAACAUCUGAGACUCAGAGUAAAACACAAGCUACUACAAUAUCUUUUGAUUCAAGCAUUAGUGGUACCAUGUCCUCGACCGAGGAUAAGGUAACUAGUUCUCCUAUGUCUUCUGAUAGUUCAACCAUUUCCUUCACGACGUCGUCUACUCUGCCCCAAAUAACAAGUUCUUUCAUAUCAUUUGUACACAGUAUCACUCCUAUUUACCCCAGUAAUCAGACUGCGAUAACAAGUGGUUCUCCAUCUACUACUUCUGAAGCCUCCACCUUGUCUAAAUCAUCUGAGUCUUCCAAAGCUACAGUUAUUUCCGUUUCGAGUAACCUCAGAUCAUCUACUUUAGAUGCAGAUGCUCACACUGCUUCUACGUCAUCUAGUUCUCUGGCUGCUACUGGAACUCAAAGCUUUCACUCUUCUGCAACACCUACAGAUUCGAACACUAGAUCUUUAACAACAUCUAAUAUUUUUGUCGAUAGCAGUUCGACACUAAGCACCUAUUUAACCACUGGCAGCGCUUCAUCUUCCAGUCACACGAAUAUCCGUAGUUUUUCCACCAUCAGCUCUAAGGGUCAAGAACAAACUUUGUCUUCAUCACAUACUUUGACUAGUUCCCGUUCCAUUAAGUUUUCAGAAUCAUAUAUGUCCUCUGUCAUUACGUUUACGGGUUCAAACACUGAAAAUUUCAAAAGCCAAACCAGUUCUAUUAGCUCUUCUGCGAGUCACUCUGAAAACUACAGGGUUAGUACUACUUCAAUUUCUUUUGGAUCAUUGAAAUCCUCUAGUUCUUUAUCUGUCCCAUCAUUUACCACUUAUACAACUUCCGGUACUUCUAACCAAAAUGAAACUCCUAGCUUUACUGCUAGCACAAAAUCCUCUAUAAACAGAUCCUUUGCCUCAUUUUCUCAACUACCUGUAACUACCAGUGACAAAAUCACCUCUCCACCCCACCAUGUUCGUACUACUAUUUCAAGUGUGACUCCAGUUGCUACAGAAAAAAAGGAACGAACCACUUUAGUUACCAUAACUUCUUGUGAAUUUGACAUCUGUUCUGAGACCGUUUCUCCUGCUAUUGUUUCCACCUCCACAGCUACUGUUAGCGGUGCUGCCACUGAAUAUACUACGUGGUGUCCUAUUUCUACCUUGACCCCAAGUGAACAGACGACGCUAAUUACAGUAACUUAUUGUAAGUCUGGUGUUUGUUCAAAGACUACAUCUCCCGCUAUCGUUUCUACGGCUACUACGAUAGUAAACGAUGCUGUCACAGUGUAUACUACAUGGUGCUCACUCACAACGUACAAUGAAGGUGAUGCGGCUGGGUUUACCACCAAAGUUAGUUAUAGCUCUACUAACCCAAGAGUUAGUAAAAUGAAAACAACAACUCAUGGAAAGGAAGAAUAUUCCACUUCUGGAUCUGAUACGCACCCAAGCCCUUCAGCCAGCAUCAUUAUUCAUAGUAACGGUAUUUCUUCUGCUUCAAAAACUACCGACGCCGGGGUCCUUGGAGCUACUUACUUGAAUACUGUCUACGAACAACCUCGUAGUACUUACACAAGUAAUGUACUGGGCUCUAGUACCGCCUAUUUGGAAAUGUCAAGUUACGUUGGUAUUGGGAAUGGCUUACUAACCAACAAUGCUGUAAGUAUUCUUAUCGCCUCGGUAUUGCUGGCAAUCAUUUAG